CUCUCAUAAAAUAAACUACUACUCCAUAAAACACAAUACACAACAUAUAAACCCUAAAAGAGUAAAAUUAUUUAGCAACAAUCUAAAAUAAAAUUAAAAACCCAUAAUUAUAAGAUUUAAAACAUUAAAAGCCCAACAUAGAGUAAUACACUACGCCUCCACGUCUCCUCUUCCCCCUUGCCGCCGCUGCGCUCACCUGUUCACCCACAGCCUUGCCCCGCCUCUCCACCGCCUGCUUCGUCACUCACCUGUUCACCACAGCCGUCCCGGCAGUUCAUAAUUUGGUUUGACACAAAUUUCUUCACCUCCAAGAUUCAAUUUUUUGUUGCCGUCGUCGCGAUUAUUGGAGCUCGACUAGCGCCAUCCUCUCAGCUCGACGUGUGCCAUCGGUCCCCCACCAAGUCUCCGGUGAGCCUUGGGAGCAAAGCUUUCAGUCAACAGGCCACAUUUUCGGCGCGAUUCGGGAGCUCCACUGUCGGCAGCGGUUCCUCGUUGAAUAACUGAAGAACGGAUAUAUUGCGAUGGCUGAUGAUUUCGAUCCAUUUGAUGAUAUCUUUGGUGACGGGCCAGUGAAGAAUGCUAGGGCAGCAGGUAAGUUUCGGCCCAAGCCAAAGGUCCAACCACAGAAGAAGGUCUCAGCAAAAAGUUCGGUUGCUUCCUCACAGGCAGUCCAAACUGUUCAUUCUGCACCACAUGACUCAAGUGAACCUAUCCACACUGUGAAGCCGCUGGAGCAAAGUUUAGAUGUUGUGCCAAAUGACAAGCCCGACUUUGAUGCUGUGUCAGUAGAAGAGAAUCCUGAUGUAUUAAUUGGGUCUGAAGCUUAUGCUGAUUCUCUUCAUCACUCUGAUAUCGGAUGCACCAUCCCUUCUUCAAAGGAAGUAGCUUCUAAUUCCCCCAACGAUGAGAAUAUAGGAGGAAGGGUAGGGACUCAGGUUUUUUCAUCCAUUGACAACUCUACAAAUACAUGUAAGACGGCUGAGGUUACUAAAGAUUCUGACCUGGCAUCAAGAGUAGAUGCCUUAGGUGCUGGACAUGUUGCAACGGAUGAUGCUUUCGAUCCAUUUGAUGAUAUCUUUGAUAAUGAACCAGUAAAGAAUGCUAGGGUAGCAGGAAAGUUUCGGCCGAAGCCAAAGUUCCAACCACAGAAGAAGGUCUCAGCAAAAAGUUUGGUUGCUUCCUCAAAGGAAGUCCAAUCUGUUAAUUCUGCACCACAUGACUCAAGUGAACCUAUUGUUAAGCCGCUGGAGCAGAAAUGCACCAUCCCUUCUUCAAAGGAAGUAGCUUCUAAUGCCCCAAACACUGAGAAUAUAGAGGAAGGACGAGUAAUAGAGGAGAUGGAUGUCAUGGAUUCUGUAAUGCCGGAAUUAAACUCACUUCAACAAGAUUCUGCAGAAAAUAAUUCGAUUCCUACAUCUCAAAACGGCGAUGCUGUUGAUCUUUCAUCUCCGGGAUUCACUGAUACUUUUCCCACCAAAUCAACAUCUGAACUUUCUUUGGAUGAAGAGUCUAUAAAUCUGAUGGAGGUGCCUAAAUCAGACUCGUGUAUCCAUGUGGAGGAUUUGCCUGAAGCUUCUCGUCGAGCAAAGACCGGAAAGCGUAAACCCAGUGCUGCAUCAGAUAAGCAGCAAGCUUCAACAUUAAGUGAGGAGACUGGAGCAGCUGGUAGAUCAGUACGCUCAAAGAAAAGGGAUACGAGUGUCAGUAAAUUAGUGGACGAGGAAGGAGAUGAAACCCUUUCCAGUGGGCAGGUCUUUGAAGAGCAUCCUUUCAGUUCUGCAAUAGAUGAACAAAACAUAAAUGGUGAGCAACCUCAAGUGGAAAAUGGAUCACAAAAGAAAAACUCGAAGCGGAAGUUGAAGAAAACUGAGAAUGACAAAGAAAAACCACCUAGAAAGAGCAAGAAGGCAAAAGAGGCACCAGAACAGGAGACAUGCACAAAGCCGAAAAAGUUCUCUCACUCUACUAGGCGGAGACGAAUUUUGGAUAAGAAUUUGCUCAACAUUCCUGAAGAAGAAUUUAACCCUAGAGAGCUGUCUUUUAGGAAUUUGAUUCUCCUUGCAGAGUACAAAGAGAAGCAGAUG